AAAGUGACGCACACUCACACGCGGCGCGCGGCCAACCGCGAUCUUUUUAUGUCGAAGAAGAGACUUCUGCUAUGCUAGAUCGCUUCUGAGUAACGAAUCGACAACCGCACGUCCUUAUCUUUGUUAUUUUCCUUCCGUGUUCCCGCGCGUUCUACAGAAGGACUUUUUUUUGGUCGGUUUGUAUCGCGCGCUGUCUCCUCGCAUUUUGCGCUCGCGAGCUGCACGGUUGCUCGCGCCGGACAAAAAAGACCGCACUUCCGUUACGGGGAACUUGUGUCGCUUUGCUGGUCGGAUCUCCGUUUCUACUCUCGCUCUCUCUCUCUCUCUCUCUCUCUCUCUCACGCACACACACACCCUCUCUCUCUCUCUCUCUCUCUCUCUCUCUCUCUCUCUCUCUCUCACACACACACACACACCUUCUCUCUCUCUCACUCACACACACACACACACACACACACACACACACACACACACCUUCUCUCUCUCUCUCUCUCUCUCUCUCUCUCUCUCUCUCUCACACACACACACCUUCUCUCUCUCUCUCUCUCUCUCUCUCUCUCUCUCUCUCUCUCUAACUGUGCUCUGUCUCCACUCAUCCUUACUGCCUCCUCGCUUUAGACUCUGGCUUCCAGUCCUGCGUUCACACACAGAGCACAAGUGUCAAAACGCCGAUAUCACCGAGCCGAUUUCAGCUCACCGAUAUCACCAACAAGCCGAUUCCAGCCAGCCACGAAGCAGCAAGAAGCCCAGCCCUGGAUUCACUACUUUUACUCAAUGGACAGAGCCCUCUCAACGGCCAGCCCCGAUACCAACACGCCGUGAGCAGUCCGUACUCCCUGGCCGGUGUUCCCCCUGCAUUGUGGAGGGGGAUGGAGCGUGGAGGAGGAGAGAGCCCACAUUUGCGGGAGAGUCCAGAGCGCCGCAAUGCUAACAGCCCCGAUCUGAGUGGCCCCCCUCCAGGGAAGAUAAGUCGUCUGGAGCUGAAUGGCAGCCCUACCGGGCCACGCAGUCGCCACAAUGGAGCUCCGCAGAGAGCCCUGGGAGGUCUGAUGAUUCCCGUGUUCUGCGUCGUAGAGCAGGUGGAUGGAGGAAUGGUGGUGGAGGGGGAGGGCCGAGAGGAGCAUGCAGAGUUUGUGCUGGUCAGGAAGGACAUUCUCUUCACUCAGCUGGUAGAGACGGCGCUGCUUGCCCUUGGCUACUCCCACAGCUCAGCAGCCCAGGCACAGGGCAUCAUUAAGGUGGGUCGUUGGAACCCACUGCCUAUCCACUGCCUGACGGAUGCACCCGAAGCCACAGUGGCUGACAUGCUGCUGGACGUCUACCACAUGGUCACACUCCGCAUCCAGCUGCAGAGCUUCGCCAAACUGGAGGACCUGCCAUCAGAGCAGUGGAAUCAUGCAACAGUGCGCAAUGCACUUAAAGAGCUGCUGAAAGAGAUGAACCAGAGCACACUGGCCAAAGAAUGCCCACUUUCCCAGAGUAUGAUCUCCUCCAUCGUGAACAGUUCCUACUACGCCAAUGUCUCCACUGCUAAGUGUCAAGAGUUUGGCCGCUGGUAUAAGAAGUAUAAGAAGAUUAAAGGUGAUUACUUAGAAAAGAUGUGGCCAGUACGAGAGAAUUCCGAAAUUAAAGUGGAGAGGGACACCCUGGUGGACUUCUGUGUGUUAGGACAGCGUCCUCCUCCUCACCUAGCUGGCCUGGCUCAAUUAGGACCUUUGGGCAGUGGUAGUUCUAUUGUGAAAAGUGGUUCUGGAGAACCUCAGAACUCUCAAUCUCAGCCCCCAUCCCAAGGACAGCCACAGCCACCCUCAUCUCAUAGUGGCCAGCUACACCACAGUCCGCCGCUACGGACUCAGGUAGCUCCUCCCACAGCCCUGCAGCCUCUCCUGGGACCAAGAGGCCUCCUGUCACCUCAGCUCAGUCCACAGAUAGUGCAGCAGCAGAUAGCUAUGGCCCACCUCAUCAACCAGCAGCUGGCCGUCAGUCGCCUAUUAGCUCACCAGCACCCACAGGCCCUCAACCAACAGUUUCUUAACCACCCACCCAUUCCAAGGCCCAGCAAGUCUGGAGGACCUGGAGAGCCAGGAUCUAAUCCUUCAGCGGCUGAGGUGUCAUCAGACAUCUACCAGCAGGUCCGCGAUGAGCUCAAGCGAGCCAGUGUCUCACAAGCUGUGUUUGCCAGGGUGGCAUUCAACCGCACACAGGGUCUGUUGUCAGAGAUUUUGCGGAAAGAGGAAGACCCUCGCACAGCCUCCCAAUCUCUUCUGGUCAACCUCAAGGCAAUGCAGAAUUUUCUCAACCUUCCUGAGGCUGAGCGCGACAGGAUUUACCAGGAGGAGCGUGAACGCAGCAUGAACCCUCCUGUAGGUCUGCCCCCAAACUCAAACACCAGUCCUGGGGGUAACCGCCUAUCUCAGAAAGUAUGGGAGCGCAGCAUGGAUGAACAGUUAACCCCUGAUGCCUGGGCAUCUAUUUGGAAGAAUAAGAACAAAAUUACCAAUUCGUCUAAGCCCUCUGGUCCGAAUCCUGACCUUUCCCUGAAACUGGAACCACUGGUCAACAUCACAUCGUCCAUUUAUGAUGAGAUCCAGCAGGAGAUGAAGCGAGCCAAGGUGUCUCAGGCUCUGUUUGCCAAGGUGGCAGCCAACAAGAGCCAAGGUUGGCUAUGUGAGUUGCUUCGUUGGAAGGAGAGUCCAAGCCCAGAGAACCGUACGCUGUGGGAGAACCUGUCUACAAUCCGCCGUUUCCUCACCCUCCCCCAGACAGACCGAGACCUGGUAUAUGAGGAGGAGUCCCGCCACCACCACAGUGAACGUCUGCACACUGUCCUCCACCUGCCCUCUGACCCUCAGGUUCUCCACAGACAACCUGUGCCACCAUUAAAAGACCACUCUCCCAUGCGUGAAGACUCAGUGCCCAAUGCUGGAAUGGAGGACAACCCUCAGGCUGGUGCUGGUAGUGGCAACACUGGAGGAAGUAGUAACGUUGCCAAGAAACCCCGCUCCCGCACCAAGAUCUCACUGGAAGCCCUGGGCAUCCUGCAAAGUUUCAUCCAGGAUGUGGGCCUCUACCCUGACCAGGAAGCUAUCCACACCCUCUCAGCCCAGUUGGACCUGCCCAAGCACACCAUUGUCAAGUUCUUCCAGAAUCAGCGCUACCAUGUGAAGCACCAUGGCCGACUGAAGGAGCUGGGAGCUGAGGGCAGUGGAGUUGAUGUCGCUGAGUAUCGAGAUGAGGAACUACUCUCUGGGUCAGAGGAUGCAGAGUCCAGUGAAGAUGGUCAUGAGGAAAUCUACAGUGGACAAGAAGGUGCCUCAGUAGGAGCAGUUGCCUCCUCCUCAACGCCAUCUUCCACCUCAGGCCAAGAAGAGAGCAAGGACAAGGCUUCAUCUCUAGGGUCAGUCCGGCCCAGCUCCCUGCCUUCCUCCAGUUCAUCCCCCAGCCCACGAGACCAAGCCGAGUAUCAGAGAUAAAGAAUUUUGACCUCCGAAAAAAAAGGGGCACUUUGGGAAGACUAUGAUAGUGGAAGGUGGAACAAGUGGAACAGUAAAAGCAGACUAAAAGAAUCCGGCACAGGGUCAAAUGAAGAUUGAAUAAAAAAGGGACAAGAGUAUGUUUGAAUAUUGAUUAUAGAAACAAAAUGUGUUACGACAAAAAUAGCUGAGAUAAGGGAUUAAUAGUUGUAGCUGCAGAUUAAUUGGCAUCAGAUACUGUAAGUUUUGUCAACACGAUGAAGGAAAAUUUAGGAUAGCGGCCCAAAAUCAUUGUUUAUUUGUUAAAAAGGUGCCAGAUAUCUGAUGGCACUGAAAGUGGAUUUCUUAUUCUAAACUGACAAGUGGUCACUUGUACUUUCAUGGUUUCUCAAAUUAAAGUGCCAGUAAGUCAUAGUAGGAAAAUACUAAGCCAGUGAAGUUCCUCCCCAAGUCUUUAACAUAUUAAUUAAAGAACUCCUUAACUCCUAACAUAUAAACAAGGGGAUCAUUAGAAACCAUUGUCCCACCCUUCCCACCUCUACAGCUUUCAGAGUAAUGACAAUGAUUGAGCUUUAGAUAAGUUUUAGAUGAGCCAUUGACAUCUACAGGAACCCACAAAUCUUUACUUGUGUCUGAUCAAGGAGCCUGGUGGGUGUCUGCGGCUUCUCUCUUCCUCCCAUCUGUGAUGGGGAAUUCUUCAUGUCUCCAAGAGGUGGCUGUGUUUGGCCAUUUAAGUGGUUGAAUGGAUGGGUGGGUGGGUUGGAGGUAGUGAUGAGGGCUGGGGUGUAUACAUCAGCCUUGCUCACUGAUUCCACUGUAAAUACAUGUGGUCUACUGAAAUGUCCAGAGUUAGCUUUGUUUCCCCUUUGAAGAUAGAGCCAUGUCUCCCACAAACAACCACAUCAUUCCAUAUAGUCCAAUGUGGUGGGACAAACCACCAGCCUGGUACCCAUGCACCCAUGCAUGGACAUCCCUCAACACCUCUGUCAAUCUAAAUUUAGUCAACGUUUUUUUCAUAUAAAUACAUGUACACGAGACAUCUUGUCACUGUCUCUUUGUACUCUCUUUGCACUUAAAAUGGCUAGUAAGCAUCAAGGGAAAAAAUGCAUAUGUAGGCGUCCAUUGACUGCUAAAGACAAUUUAAUGACAGAUGAGAGUGCGGUCUGACUGCCUUGUCCUGCUUUUGGCCAAGUUGAGGAGAGUAAAGUAUGCGUCCAGCAACAGUCAACAAUCAGUCAUUUUACGUGUGGGACUACACCCCUUCCUCUCAUCCUUUCUGUCCUGUGACUUACACAGUGUACCAAUUUCAAAACACCUACCCCCACACUCCACAUCUCUAUUUAUUGCUAUCUAUAUCCACAUUUAUUAUUAUUAUUGUUGUUGCUGUUGUUAUUGUUAUUAUGGUUGUUCUUUCGGUCAUUGAUGUUAUUUUUGAUUGUUUUUUUUUUUUUCAUGGUCUAAUAUCAGCAUUUGGCUCAAAGCUGUUGUUUUGGAAAUGAAAGACUUUACGAAAGAAGGUACCACUGCCAAAACAGUGAGAAUUAAAAGCAGUUACUGAAGAAAUUGAGUGAACCCUGUGAUAUUAUGUACUACCAUUUCAAUCUACACUCCCUUCUUUUCCCAAAGAAAAUGGCAGUAGGUGAGUUGAACCCAAAAAUAAGACAAAGCAUAUGAAAAUACUUUUUUAAAGAGAUAUUGACAAUCCAUUUAUUGAGCCAGUUAAAACUCUAUAUCCUGAAUGGAGACGUGUUAAUUCACAUCUCGGGAAAUGGACUUAUGUACAAAGCAACAUGGCUCCUCUGUGGCAAAGCCUCUGUGGAUACUAUAGCAAAACUUGGAUCCAGGGUCCUGAUUUGCUUUUGAGAAUCAGCUGCUACCUGCUCAUUUCUGGAUAACAGAGUAAUUGUCAUUGUUAACAUUACACUGACCUUUAAACUGUUUUUGUUUAUGAUGUGAUGUUUAUGUAGAUGUUUUAUCUAUUACAAAUGACAGCAUUUUCUUUAUAUGUAUUUGAUGUGCAAAUCCUAACAAAUGUCUCCACUGCAAAACAUUCACCCACAUUAACAUAUCUUAAAAACUUUAGGACAGUUUAGUUUUUUGAGUCAUCACCAAAAUGCAGACCACACAUUUUACACAACUGUAAAAAUUUUAAUCAAAACCGGACAUUAAACACUACGGUAUAUUUUUUUACUCAACUGUUUAUAGCAUUAUGGCCCAUUGCUUUCUAAACAUCUACUCUAGGUUCCUGGGUAUGAGGUGUCUCCAUCUUUGAGCUGGCUUUGCAGUGUGACUAGGUCUGGCUUAUGUUUCUUAGUACUAUUCAAUUAGAGGCCAUGGAUGUCUAAUAAGACAUAUGCGGGAGUGACAGUAAUUCACAUGGAAGUAUUGGGACACACUGAGCAGUCUUGCCAUACCACAGGGAGCCUGCUGCAUUUCACACUGAGAAAACUGUGACGCAACGACGAUACAGUGUAAAGUGUGGUGUUUUAGACCACUGCUGUCCUUUUUGGUUACUUCACCAUGUGUAUCUCCUAGUCAGUGAUAUUUAACCACUAACCAACACAUGUGAAUAAGGCUGCUUAUAGCUUUUCCUGGUUUCAUCUUGAUGGUUUAGACUUGGUUUAGCACCUCUAUGAUAUGCUGGUAAAACUGUGUAAAAGAUUUCAGAGCCAUUUAUUUAGCCAUGUUUCAGAACAUGGCUGGUCUUACUGAUCCUGCUUUAAAUUCAUCUCAUAAUUUCAAUACAGCCUAAUAUUCAGUGAGCACUCAAAUGAAAUUGAAAAGUACAGUAAGUAAUAUACUUGCUGUACAUACUAAGCAGUAUAGUGGAUUUUUUUUUUUUAUUAUUUCUUGGUUGCUGGUGGAUAAAACAACUUACCUUACUUUAACUUUUUCAAAUAGUAUUCUGUGUUGCCCAAAUCACUGUAGAAAAUAUGUUUUUGUUUUUUCCAGCUUGCAUUCCCUUUAAUGUGCAAAACAUAUCCUGUCAAUAUGUAAUACUGAUUUUUCAUAGUGUAUUAGAUUUUUAAUGGAAAAUCCAAAUAUUCAUAGUUUUAAAACAACUGCUAAAAGUUGCUUGUUUUUGUGACAUCCUGAGGCAUGUAAACUUUUACAGCAGUCCUGGAAUGGAAAGAAGAAGACUUAUUUUCAAUCUCUUCCUUAGAAUGUCAGAUAUUUGCAGGCUCUGAUAAGGGUGUCUAAUAACAGAGUACUGAUUGUCAGGUGGAUUUAAACCUUAAUUAAGCUUGUCAAUCAGCUAUAGCUGUAGGAGGCCAAAGCCUACCCCUACCAUUAUUAUCCCUCACCCUCUCAUGGCCCCGCCCCCUGCGGCACUCAGAGAAGUCUGAAACAAGCAGCUUUGAUGAGUCCAUUUCUGCUCUACUCCUAAAUUAUCCACAGUCCUGGUGAGACAAGUGUGUGCAUGCUAGACUGGUGUUUAACCUGCUACAGGGGUGGCCUCCCACUCACUCAGCUCCUUCAUCACCUCCUCCUCCUCCCUGUCCUAUAUAGAGUUUGUGCUAAGUGAGAAAACAAAGAGGAUUCACAGAGUCCCUGAUGAGCGAUAGGUCAGGGUCACUCACCAAUUAUCCAUCUCUUCCAUGACAGGAGUCUCGUCUUUGCCUUUUCUAGCACUAUGUCUCAUUUUCUCCUCCACCAGGCAAGAGACAAUCGCUAUCACUCACGCUGUGCUGUCGGGGUUAAUUGGAAGUGAUCAUGUCCCCUUGUGGGGAAACAAGUGGUUACUAGAGAGCACAAAACCUCUCACAAUAAAUGUUUUUUUGAAUUAUUAUUAUUAUUAUUAUUAUUAUUAUUUUAAAUAAUAGAACAGAACAGAAUGAAACAGAAAUAGGAAAGGAUGGGAAUCAGUGAUAAAAAUUAAUCCAGGGAUAAGAAUAUAGAUCACAAUUACUGAUAUGAUUAUCAGCCACACAUACACACGAACACACUAUCACGUUCUGUUGUAACCCUUCUUCUGUAAUGUAGCACUUAAAGAUUAAUUUCAUGUGACAAUUUUUUUUUUUUGGAUUUUUGAUACUCUUCUGACUAAUGGAUAAAUUGCAGAAUGAAACGCUUGGUUUUCACUCCUUUUUUGUAUUCUUUUUUGACUAAGCACAAGGUUCUGUCUGCUUGCUUUGGAGACAAACUGUUUAUCCUCAUUAACUACAAUGUGAAUCAGGUUUGCCACUCCAGGAUUGGUACUUUUCCUCAAUCAAAUGGAUCAUCAUUAUCACUAAGUGAUAAUAAAUUAUGUGCAUUAUUUGGCUUUUUGGUUUGUGUCUUAAUGUUUUUGUUUGGUUUUCUUAAAUUGCUGUCAUUUAAAUAAAGUGCAUCAAUGGA